CCCCCGUCAUUUCCUUAACACUUAAUAUUUUCCAUUUUCCUUUUUUGUAUUCCUCUGUGUUUUUUUUUUAUAUUCUUUGCUUGAUUCUUGAAUCUCUCUCUCUUGUAUUUUGGGGUUUUGUGCGAAGAACAGAUCUUUGGCGAAUUUGGGAUGGUGGGCAUCCUUCGAAUGAUCCCUCUGUUCCCUUGAAGGCUUUGAAUCCGUCUUCUUUUCCAGCUCCUAAAUCCGUUGAAUCAUAGGUCAGAUGGACCCGAUGCCCGUUGGAUGUCUUCUCAACAGCAUGUCUCGUUACCUUCAUCUGGUUUCAUGCCGGAUUAUAAAAUUUAUUCCCGUCCAAACGUGUAUCGGAAAUAUAGUCCUAGUGCUGAAGCUCUUGAGACCGGUGCUGGAUGAAGUUGUUGAUUGCAAACUGCCUUCUGAUGAGUGCCUAAACAGAGAGUGUGAAGAACUAGAUGUGGCCGUUAAUGAGGCUCGUGAAUUCUUGGAGAACUGGUCUCCGAAGAUGAGCAAGUUUUGCAGUGUUUUUCGAUGUGAAAUGUUGUGGUCAAGGAUCCAAACUUGUUCUUUGGAGAUCUGUCACAUACUUCUUCAGUUAGCACAGUCAACUCCAACUACUUCAAGUCUAUCAGGAGUUGAGCUUUGUAUGCAGGAGAUCGAGAGUCUUGUUAAGCAAUAUGGACUGCUGACCGAGCAUAUGGAAAAAGCUUUGAAAAUUCAGGAAGAUGACGUUAUCUCUUCGGAUAAUCAUCUUGAAAACUUAGUUCAAGCUCUAGAUUUGAUACCAAUCCAUGAUCUUUUAAAGGAAAGCAUUGCAGUGGAGAAGGAGAGGAUAAAUGCUGAGGCCAGUAAAUUGAAGGAAAAGCUGGAUCAAGCUGUGAAAUUAGUAGAUCUUGUCUCAUGCAUCCGUGAGUACAUGCUUAGGACAGAGUUUCUUGAAGUGGCAAGUAGUGUCCCAGUUCCCCCAUAUUUUCGUUGUCCCUUGUCAAUGGAACUCAUGCUGGAUCCAGUCAUAGUCGCUUCUGGACAGACUUAUGACCGGACGUCCAUCCAAAAAUGGCUUGACAGUGGGUUGACUGUUUGUCCCAGGACGCGAAAGAUUUUGACCCAUAACGAACUCAUCCCGAAUUACACUGUCAAAGCUAUGAUAGCGAGUUGGUUGGAGGCAAACAAUAUCCGCCUCGCAGGUAACUCUGUUCAAUAUGAUGGUGAAGCUUCAUCCAUGGCAACUAACAUGGCUUCACAUGACAUUGUACGUACCGAAAGUUUUCGUUUUUCUUUAAGGAGCAGCAGUUUUACCUCAAGAUCGUCUCUUGGAAUAGAAAACGGGAUUGAGAAACUAAAGAUCAACGAGUCUGCCAGUGUUUGUGGGGACUCCAAUUUUGCAAGAAGCAAGGAUCUUGAAAUUUUUGCCCGAUCAUCUCCUGAGCAGUCGUAUACUCACAGCAGGUGUGAAUCUAUUUGCAGUGCCGUUUCAUCUGUUGAUUAUGUCCCCUCGGUGUCGAAUGAAGUGAUGAGUCUACCGGGGAACCAUGGAAGCUUCAGUGGGAUGUCUUCCAAGACAAAAUCAGAAAGUUCAAGCAAUGGUAACCACCUUCAUGAUGCAGCAAACACUUUGGCGUCUUCUGAACAAAUUUUGGAUGGUACAGUCACAAUCACGGCUUCUCAUGCCAUGAAAUUGGUCGAAGAUCUUAAAAGCCGAUCAAACGAAGUGAAAACUGCAGCAGCAGCAGAAAUACGUCAUGUCACGAAAACCAACAUGGAGAAUCGUAUUGUGAUUGGCCAUUGUGGUGCUAUCGUUUACUUGCUUUCUCUGUUAUAUUCUGAGAAAUGGGUAACUCAAGAACACGCUGUCACGGCUCUUCUAAAUCUGUCGAUCAACGAAACUAAUAAAGCCAUGAUUGCAGAAGCUGGGGCACUUGAACCACUGGUUCAUGUUUUGAACACAGGAAAUGACCGAGCCAAAGAGAAUUCUGCAGCAACUUUGUUCAGUCUAUCUGUUUUGCAAGACUACAGGGCAAAGAUAGGGCAGUCCAAUGCAGUAAGGGCUCUUGUGAAUCUUCUUGGAACGGGGACGAUUAGAGGGAAAAAGGAUUCUGCAUCUGCUUUGUUCAAUUUAUCGAUAUUUCAUGAAAACAAAGCUCGUAUAAUACAAGCUGGAGCGGUGAAGUAUCUUAUUGAGCUGUUGGACCUGAACUCAGUGAUGGUUGAUAAAGCCGUUGCUCUUCUUGCUAAUCUUUCAACGGUUGGAGAAGGACGUAGAGAAAUCGUGAAGGAAGGUGGGGUCCCAUUGCUUGUAGAGACCGUAGAUUCGGGAUCUCAUAGAGGGAAAGAAAAUGCGGCUUCUGUGUUGUUGCAGCUCUGUCUUAAUAGUCCCAAGUUCUGCACUUUGGUUCUGCAAGAAGGCGCCAUUCCCCCACUUGUUGCCUUGUCUCAGUCUGGCACACCUAGAGCAAAAGAAAAGGCACAGCAGCUUCUCAGCCACUUCCGCAACCAGAGAGAAGCAAAGAUGAAGAAGGGGAGAUCGUGAAGAAACUAAGACCGCAUUUUUCGUCCCGAGCAUUCCCCGCGAGUUUUUGGUUAAUAAGCCGAAGAUUUUUGUUGUUGUUGCCAGGAACGUAGCUGGAUUUAGUGUAUUGGUUGAUAGUUUUGACACUGUGUAAUGUGAUAUUGCCAUGUAUGUAUGUAUGCAUUAGUUAUGUACAACUUGGGAGUUUGUGUGAAUAUACGCAAUGUAGUAACAAGUAAAGCGGUUUCCUAGUGUUGAA